UAGCUAAACUUUCAGACACCGCUCCAACAAACACCCUGCUGAGACCACCAACAAUGUCUGGAAACCGUCAGUUGAUCUACCGUGAACAUGAAGACAGUGAUGAAGAAGCCGACGUUCGCGCAAAACGAGGAAAACACCCGACAGAUGAGUCAAGUGAUCUCAAUGAGGAAUUAGUUAGGGAAGAAGCAUGUAUAGCAUCAAACCGAGCUUUAGGUUCUGGAAUACUAGACAUGAUUGACACAUUUGACAGAGAAGGAGGUGCCAGGGCAGAAGGUUCUUUUGCGAAUUGUGAAAACUAUGCAGUAGGUUUUGAAAACAAACCAGGAAAAAGAAUCCCAAAAGCUGGAUUCCGUGCAGAAGCAGGAUACGGUCGAGCUCGUGCUGAAUACAGCGUCUUUGAGGCUGAAGCCAAAGGCCCAAAUGCUUCCAUUGGUGCUGAAGCAGGUUUGGGUAAAGUCGGAGCGUUGGCUCGAGCUGAAGUUGCUAGCGCAUCUGCCAAAGCCGGUCCAGUUACAGUGAAGGCGGGUCUUGGAUUUGAUACGGGUGCAUCCGUUGGCCUCGAUGGAGUGGAGGCUAAAUUUCUGGGAACUGGAUUCUCAAUCGGUCCAAAAACGGGUGUUUCCGUUCUGGGAUCAGAAGUCUCAUGUUCUGUAAUGUAGUAACAGACAGUAUUUGAUUAUGUAUGGAUUGCUUUUCUGUCUUGUUCUUUUCCUUUCCUAUAAGAUGAUGAAAAGUUGUACAUGUAAUACGUGUGUUUGUGGUGUGCUUUAUGGCAGCAUAUUAAUAAAACCAUGUGCUUAGCGUGGAAACAAUUAAAACGGCCUGAUAUCAAAAAAAUUGUCACUGAAAUUGUCAUCGAUUCAACUGCUUAUGUAAUCAUUCACAACACACUGUAAACAUAAUGUUUAUUAAUUUUCGGACAUUCUGACUUUAUUCAUCUAUUUUAUGCGCCUUUCCACUAACGCUAAAAUGUAAUUUAAUGCUGUGCAACAUUUUAAAUACAUGUAUAUCAACUAUCAAAUAAAUAUGUAAUAUUCCUUCACAUCA